AUGCCUGCCGGCACCCAUCGCACUCCGAUUAGCAUUCUCCAGGAAAUAUGUGUUAAAAAAUGGAUAACUCCCGUUUAUGAGCUCGUUUCAAAUGGAGGACCUAUACAUGAUCCACAUUAUGUCUUCACCUGUUCUGCGGGUGAUUUUUCAGCUACUUCUAGGGGAUCGAGCAAAAAAAAAACUAAACACCAAGCCUCAUACUUGGUCCUAUUAAAAAUGCUCAAUAGCGAUUUUUUACGGGAAGCAGAAAAAGAUUCUUUGCAUGAUGUACAUAUGGCUGCAUCUAACAUAUUUGGUACGGAGUUUCUUCAGGGCAUCGACGAUUGUGAAAAGGUAGGCUCAGGAUCUCAGCAACAGCCUGAUGAAGACAGUAACUACGUUGGCCGAAUGCUAGAAUUAUGUCAAAAAAAUAGAUGGCCUCCUCCUUCCUAUGAAUUCUCAUAUACGAGACCCGAACCUGGCCAGCCUCCUGAAUACCAAUGUAAGGUAAAACUAUGGACAUGGGAGUAUACUGAAAUUGGCACAUCAAAAAAGAAUGCCAAGAAAAAAGCUGCUUGUACAUUACUAUUUGAAAUACUUGAUAAUGACCUCAAGAUUCCUCCUGAGGCCUUAGAACAAAUGGAAGAAGAUCAUCUGAAUAUAGUGAGCAUUCACAUUUAA